AUGUACCUAUUAUUGAAUAGUGUCAGUUGGAACUUAGAUUUAUGGAAAGUUGGGAUCGACUCAAACGGCAGGAACGAGGUCCGAACCGUGCGGACGAUGGAUAUCAGGACGAUGGUGUCUGUCACGCUGAGCCUACUGACAGACGAUGACCAGCACAUCAUGCGACGUUGGCGGGAUGCCGACAUCGUGGCCAUGGUCAACAACAUGGGUGGCAUGUCCGACGCGCGAUUCAUGGCCAUCGUGGCCGAGGUGACCCGUCUUCUCGGCGCGGCCACUGGCGCCCGCGCGGUACACCGGCCGGAUGUUACCGUCGUCCAGUGA